GACACCUGUGAUGUGCGCCACAGCAGGAGAGGAUGUAGGCCCCAGUCAGACACACUCUACAAACAUGUACCGCAUCCCCGUGGGCCUUUUGUGUCUCCUCAGUGUGGCCGCGUCUGCAGGUGACGCUAAUACUCGCACUGCCACGGACUCUACUCCAGUCUCCGUUAAUACGACCCUUUCUUCCUCCGACAAUUUGAUACCGUGCGAGAAGAGUGCGGACUGCGGGGGACUUCCGGGCCCGCACGCCUGCUUCAACGGCACCUGCUACGACUGUUACGACUGCUGCUCCCUGAAGAAAGCGCACUGUCCGAGGAGGCGGUGCUACUGCACCUGGUUUUUAACAGACGAGGAGCUGAAGAUCGUAGCCCAAGCAGUUUUAGGAGUUGCCGUUUUUGUCACUUGUGUAGCUCUGCUGAGCUUGCUGUGGAAAAUGUGUGCAAGACGCCUGCGGCGGCGGCGGCGCGUGGCGGCGGCGGCGGGGGCGGACCUGCUGGACGACGCGGACGCGGCGAGCCUCAGCUCGCAGCAGGUGUUCGUGGUGGAGCGGCUGCGCGACAGACCGCCGCGCUACGAAGAGGCCGCCCGGGACUUCGCCGUCGAGAAGCCGCCCCCGUACUCCGAGGUCGUGGUGGAGGAAGUGCAGUGGCCACGACAGACGGUGCGGGUCGGAGGCGUGGCCGGCGGCGUCACGGCGCGCGACUUCGCGGCUCCGCCCCCCUACAGCCCGCCUCCGCAGAGGGCCGACGCCGACGCCGCCUCCCUGGCGCCGCCCCCGCCCCCGCAGCCGCCGACGCCGCCCGUGCAGCGCCUGCGACGCUGCGUCCGCAAGGUAGUCGUGAUAGGCAGACUCGUCAGGAGGUCCUCGGCCGAACCCGAGGCGGACUGCAGCAGUCGUCCGCCGAAGGGGCUGCCGCAGCCGCAGCCGCUGCCGGCCCGCGCCGCGCCGGGGCUCCCGACUGCGUCCGCCUCCGCCUCCGCCUCCGCGGCCUCCGAGCCCGAGCCGGGAGCCGCGGCGGAGCAGCCCGGCAGCCCCACGUCGACCGCGGCUUAGCCGUCGCCGGGAGACGUGGGGCAGCGCAGCUGCACGUCACGCGUCACACACACCGUGUGUCCUGACGUGUGCACCUGCUAUAUAAGGAAUGAGACUCGAGCAAAUUAUGACAUACAUAAAUGACAACCUUUAUAUCUCCUAACCCCUUGUUAAUCUUACUUUUCAGGAAAAUUUCAUGUUUUUUACUGAUGUAAAUGUAUUAUAUCGAUGCAAUAAAAAUGUUAC